GAUUCAGGCUGAGGAGAAGCACCGUUUGUCCGGGAAAAUGACCGCUUCCAAAGACCCGACAAAGAAGAAACCGAAAGACGGCUUACAGGAUGAGGAGUUUGUGGAUGUGAGCCCCCCGCAGAGAAACUGGAAGGGCAUUGCUAUCUCUCUGCUGGUGAUCGUGGCGGUCUGCUCGCUCAUCACCAUGUCUGUGGUUGUCCUCACACCCGCUGAGCUCCCUGGCAGCAGCAGGUCCAGGCUGACUGUGGCAGAUCUGUACAAACCAGAGUUCAGCGUCCACGACCCCGAGGCGACAUGGAUCAGCGAUUCAGAGGUGGUGUAUAGGAACCGAGACGGACACGUAAUCAAGUUUAACUUUGAAACAAAUGAGACCGAGGUCAUUCUGAGCAACAGCACCUUUGUGGCUUUUAAGGUGGCAAAGUACUCUCUAUCUGCAGAUCUGAAAUAUGCACUCUUCGCCUAUGAUGUCAAACAGGUUUACAGAUAUUCAUUCACAGCGUCUUACAUUGUUUACAACAUCUACACCAGGGAAGUUUGGGAGUUAAACCCUCCGGAGGUGCAGAACGCAGUGCUCCAACAUGCAGCCUGGGGAAGACAAGGACAACAUCUGAUCUACAUCUUUGAAAAUAACAUCUACUACCAGUCAGAUGUGAGGAGUAACUCUCUGAGGAUCACCUCCUCUGGGAUGGAGGGAGUCAUCUUCAACGGACUCUCAGACUGGCUCUAUGAAGAGGAGGUUCUGCAGUCACACUUGGCUCACUGGUGGUCGCCUGAUGGAGAAAGACUAGCCUUUCUCACCCUGAAUGACACCCUGGUUCCAAACAUGGUCCUGCCCCAGUUCACUGGCACUGCCUAUCCGAAAGGAUUACAAUACCCAUAUCCUAUGGCGGGUCAGACUAACCCUGCUGUCAAGUUGUCAGUAGUAAACCUGUUUGGAGCAACACACACUCAGGAGCUGCAGCCUCCAGAUCAGCUCAAACACAGAGAUUUCUACAUCACAAUGGUGAAGUGGAUCAGUAACACUCACCUCGCAGUGCGCUGGCUCAACCGUCCCCAAAAUGCUUCACUGCUGACAGUUUGCGACGCCACCAUUGGCGUCUGUCUGCAGAGACAUGAGGAGUCUUCAGAGACGUGGCUUUCCAGACAGAGACAGCAGCCACUCUUCUCCAAAGACAGGAGCAGAUUCUUCCUCACACUGCCUGUGAAACAAGGAGGUCAGGGAGAUUUCCAACACAUCACCAUGUUCACCAGAAAGUUACGAAGCGAACAGGAUGAAGUUCGACACUUAACGUCAGGAGACUGGGAGGUGACAAAAAUCCUAGCUUAUGAUGAGAACAACCAGAUCUUAUACUUCAUGAGCACAGAGGACUCUGCGCACUACAGACACUUAUACAGAGUGUCCACGCUUGGCCUGUUUCCACGGCGAUGCCUCACCUGUGGGCUGAAGGACGAGUGUUUGUACUUUGACGCUGAUGUCAGUCCCGAUGCUGAACACACCAUACUGUACUGUAAAGGUCCUGGAGUUCCAGCUGUUCUUCUUCUAAGUUUUGAUGAUGUGGACUCAUAUUUCAUCUUGGAGAACAACCUCCCUCUGCGGUCAGCGCUGGAAACCAAAAAGACGAUACAGACGGAAAUCCGCAUGAUAACUAACGACAACUUUGAGCUGCCUCUCAAGCUCAUCUAUCCUCCUGACUUCUCUGAGUCCUUCCUCUACGGCCUCCUGCUUAUUGUCGACAGCUCUCCAGGCGAGCAGGCGGUGACAGAGGAGUUCAGGCCAGACUGGGAAUGGGUUCUCGUGGGAUCAGAGCAGGUCAUUGUUGCUCGACUGGAUGGCAGAGGGUCUGGUUUCAGGGGCCAAAGGAUCUUACAGCAGGUCCAUCAGGGGCUUGGCACUGUGGACACAGAGGACCAGAUUGCAGCUCUGGAGUACCUGACGAAGCUGCCAUUCAUUGAUCGCACUCGAGUCGGAGUCUUUGGAGAGGACUAUGGAGGUUUCCUGACAUUGAUGAUGCUGAAAUCAACAGAGAAGCUGAUCCGCUGUGCUGCUGCUCAGGCUCCCAUCAUUGACUGGUCCAUGUAUGCAUCUGCACUUUCAGAGAGAUACUUUGGUUCACCAUCAACUGAAAAGAGCAAAUACACAGCAUCCAAAGUGCUGUCCGACAUGAAAGGUCUGCAGGGAGGAACUCUGUUUCUGGCCCACGGAACAGCUGAUGCCAAUGUUCACUUUCAGCACUCAGCAGAGCUCAUCAAACACUUGAUAAAGAUUGGAGCAAACUACACUAUGCAGAUUUACCCAGACGAGGGACACUUUCUGUCAAAACGCAGCCGCAUUCAGCUCACUCACUCCCUAAUUGGUUACUUUAGAGGAUGUCUGCUGGACGCAUCAUCAUUACUCGACCAGGAAAAGCGGGACGACGACACAAACGUUUGAUGGACUGAGCAAGCUUCUUCUCCACAUAUCAGACUGUCUUUCAUCUCUUCAGUAUGCUGAAACUCCCUGCUGUCGCCUCUGUCUUAAGGAUCAGGAUGGCAUUUUUAACCCAUAAAACACUAAAAUUUUACCAUGAAUUCUGUAUGAUGUGGGAAUAUUCUGGUGGAGGGGUAGACUUAUAUUCUGAGGAUUCAUUAGUAUGAAUAGAUGAUUGCUACUCACAUUUUUCUGUGCUGUAUUCAUGUGUUUGUUCUUCAUCAUUUUGUGAAACAAGACUGCCUUUUUCACUAUA